CACUGAGGAGUCCGAGAGCAGCAGAAUCGCCGCGCACCCUGCACAGCACAGGCUGAGCGAUGGCGAAGCGGGGCGGCGGCGGCGGCACGGACGACCGGGAGGAGGCCCCGCCCGAGACGGAGAUCAUCGUGUGGAGGGAGGAGGCGCGGAGGUUCGAGACGCCCGACGGCGAGGCCUUCCUCCAGUACCGCCUCCCGUCGCCGGCGGUGAUGGACGUGGUGCACACGUACGUGCCGCGGAGCAAGCGCGGGCGGGGCCUCGCCGCGCGCCUCUGCGACGCCGCCUUCGCCCACGCGCGGGGCCGCGGCAUGCGCGUCGUCCCCACCUGCUCCUACGUCUCCGACACGUACCUCCCUCGAUAUCCGGCGUGGAACGAGCUCGUGUACAACGAGGACCAGGACCCCAAUCCCAAUCCCAGCAGCAUGUAGAAGCACCUGCUCAACUCAGUCGAUGGUGCAAGCUACGGCCACUCCAAAUGCAAAUGUAUUUGGCAUUCCACCUCACAUGACGCUAGUGAAUAAAUUAUUUCUCCGAAGGAAAGUUUCUGCCACAUUUUAAAAUAUGUGCACACAUCCAUAUUUUAAUUGGUCUAUAUUUAUUUGCUCGCUUCAUUCAACACUUCAACAUGGACAUUGAGCGCUCUAAUGUAUUUCUUAGCUUGUUUUUGGUAUUGGAUAUUGUGUCUUAGCUU